CGAAACAUACAAGAAGGUUUUUCAUUUCAAAACCCCGGGGUUGUGGAAAGAACAGGGAGUUCCUUUUUAUUACCUAAACGUGUCCACUUUUGGCUUCAUCGUUAGACCACAAACCCGGACUUCCUCCCCGUUGUUUCCACAAUUUGCCCAUCUCUUCCCCAGCUGUUUGCAGCUGGCAGAAAGCACCCGCCCUGUUCGGGAAAAGGGACGGAGAGUGACCGGAGGAGAGAGAUGUCACCCCAACCUCACCAGCCGCAGGUGAGGCAGAAUAUCCAGAAGUUCCUCAAGAGUUUUUUGGGAAUCGUCCGGAUCCUGCAGAUUGUGUUCGGGGCCGGGCUGUGGGUCACCAUCGCCGCCAACAAAUACGAAGGAUCCAUCCAUUUCGUCCUGUUCGUCGCAGUCCUCUUCUGGCUCCUCACCCUCGCCCUUUUCUUCCUCACACUCCUGGAGAAGCAGGACCUCGUCCCGCUGCUGGGAGGGGAGCGUUGGUUGUUCACCAACCUGGCGCACGACGUGGCCGCCGCCGUGCUCUACCUGCCGGCCAUAGGAAUCAUGAUCUACAAGACGGACCGCAACUCGUACUGCAACCUGGAUCAGUACACGCACCCCUGUCUGUACAAGGUCUACCUGACUGCCGCCGUGUUCGCCUGCCUGUGCUGCCUGGCGUACAUCCUGUCGGUUAUUUAUGGGGCGUGCAGGAAGUGUCGGGGAGAACAGACGGUCAUCUGAGGAGACUGAAGUGGGGGUUGAUGGCAACAGAUGGGGGGGGGGGGCAUCCACAGCAAGAUGAGGAAUAGUUAACUUCACUGUAAUAACUUAACUCAACAGCUACUCUAAUCACAGCAAACUAUACGGAACAGUUAAUGAAGCAUGACGGAGUGAAACACUUGUGGGUAUCCUUUUCUCAUUUCAACAUUGCAUACUGUUUUAUCAGUGCCUUUCUGUCAGAGUGCUGUAUACUCAACAGGUUGUCACAACAACAACCCAACAAUAUGGAUGUGAUUGGUGCUACUAUGUGUAUGCUGAACAAAAAUAUUCCUGAAGUGCUUAUUAUGUAAAUCCAAAGAGCAAAAAGCGCACGAAUAAAGACCAGUAAGUGAGA